GGCCUGGGGCAAUAGAACUUUCAGUGCGAUUUGCUUCCGGGCAGAGAUACUUCUGAACAGGGCUAUUCACUGUCAGCUGCUAAUACCCACAGCCCCACAGGGGACUUUGGCCUGGGGUAGUAACACCUUCACUGCUUAGUCUCUAGCUGUAGGGCAGUUGCUAAACCACACAGUGGGUUCUCCACUGGGCACUUCCCUAGCUCCCACUGUGCUGAAUCACUUCUGGUUGAGGGAGGGGGGACUUUUGCCUAGAGCAUUCCCAUACCUCUUUGCUGCCUGAAAGCCUGUUUACAUUUUUCCCUGCUUUGCAGAGGAAGCUGAUAACCUUCUUGCCCUGAAGGCAGCUCCUAAAGGGUUUUUUAAAUGAGUAGAAAAUCAAAAGGACAAUUGAUAACUUCUAUACAGAAAAAGAGCAAGUUUGCAGCCCUGAGGAGACUAAUAGCAAACAGUUUCCAGACAAUACCCCAAAGGGAAAUGUUACCUGACCCCCUUUACAUAACGCUCUCCUAGAAGAGACCAUUAAAAGUCUCAAAAGAGAGUUAGACAAUAUGGACAUGUAUACUUAUUUUGUAUUUAAUUUAUACUUUAAUAUAUUUAACAUGUAUUGGUCAUCCUGCCAUCUAGGGGAGGAGGUGGGGGGAAGGAAGGGAAAAAUCGGAAUAAAAGGUUGGCAAUUAUCAAUGCUGUAAAAUUACCCAUGCGUAUAACUUGUAAAUAAAAAGCUAUUAAACUUUAAAAAAAAAGAGAGUUAGAAGAAAAAUAGGGAAAGGAAAGGAAGCUUUGGAAGCUGAAUUGGGAAAGGUAAAAAAUUCCCAGGAAGUACAGGGAAAACAAAAUUUGUGAAUUGGAAAAAGUAAAAAAAUCUCAGGAAAGUAAGAUUUGUGAAUUGGAAAAGAUUAAGAACUCACAAGAAAGUAGGAUCUGUGAAUUGGAAAAAGAAAAUAGUUCACUAAAAAAAAAUUCCAUAGAGCAAAACAACUCAUUUAAAAACUCAAUUGGACAUAUACAAAAAGAAGUAAAAAAAGCUAAUGAAGAAAAUAAUUCAUUAAAAAUCAGAACUGAACAAAUAGAAACUAAUGAUUCAUUGAGACAACAAGAAUCAGUUAAGCAAAACCAAAAAAAAAAAAAUAAUAAUAAAUUGGAAAAAACCAUGAAAUAUCUACUUAGAAAAAUGACAGACCUGGAAAAUCUAGGAGAGAUAAUCUGAGGAUUAUUGGACUUUCUGAAAAUUAUGAUGAAAAAAAGAGCAUAGAUUCUAUUUUACAGGAAAUCAUCAAAGAGAACUGUCCAGAGGUAAUAGAAUCAGAAGGUAAAAUAGGCAUUGAAAGAAUCAUCAACACCUUCUGAAAAAGACCCUAAAAUAAAAACUCCAAGGAAUAGUGUGGCCAAAUUUCAGAACUAUCAGAUUAAGGAAAAAAUAUUACAAGCAGCCGGGAAAAAAACAAUUCAAAUACUGAGGUGCCACAAUAAGGAUCACCCAAGAUCUGGCUGCCUCCACAUUAAAGGAUCGAAGGGCCUGGAAUUUGAUAUUCCAAAAGGCAAAAGAACUUGAAAUGCAGCCAAGAAUAAACUACCCAGCUAAGCUGAGCAUUUUCUUCCAGGGAAGAAGAUGGACAUUUAAUGAAAUAGAUGAAUUCCAUUUGUUUCUAAGAAAAAAACCAGAACUAAACAAAAAAUUUGAUCUCCAACCAUAGGACUCGAGAAGCAGAAAAGAAAUGCUGAGCCGUUUGUCAGGAAUAGCAAACACUGUUCUGCAGGAGUUAUCAGGGGAUGGCACUGAUGGUGAUAUAGUGGGGUCUCAAAAUCCAGAACUAACACAAGAACCUGAGAUGGAGCUUAAUAGUGGAACAAAUGAGGAUAUUCUGGAGCGAUUGGCCCACACAGAGCAGCUGGUGAUACAACUGAAGGAUGUUAUUCGAGAGAAAGAUAUUCAGUUACAGCAAAAAGAUGUUAUUUUAGAGGAGGAAAGAAAAGCUGCAGACACAAAAAUGACGAAAUUGAAGCUUCAAGCCAAAGCUCGAUUAGCCUCCCUGAAUAAACGUAUGGAAGAAAUGAAGGCACAAGGAGGAAUUGGGUCAUCCCAAGAACCUCAGUCAGAGAAACAGCAGCUCCCUAACAAGUGUGACACACCUUCUAAAGAAGAUCAGAUGGAAGGAUUUGAAAUGCUGAAACAAAAACUCCAGGAGAAGGAAGAGUUAAUUAGCAUCCUGCAAACUCAACUCGGUCAAGUUCAAGGAGACCAAGCAGCACAGUGUAACACACCUCCUAAAGAUGAUCAGAUGGAAGGAUUUGAAAUGCUGAAACAAAAACUCCAGGAGAAGGAAGAACUAAUUAAUAACCUACAAGCCCAACUCUGUCAAGUGCAAGCAGAACAAGCAGCACAGGAGGUGGUCCGGGAGAAGGAUGCACGUUUUGAGUCACAAGUUCGUCUUCAUGAAGAUGAACUUCUUCAAUUAGUAACACAGAAAGAGGUGGAGACAGAGAUGCAACAGAAUCUAAGAAUUCUGCACAGGAAGCUAGAGGAACAGGAAGAGGCCUUAUUAGGACGUGCUCAGGUGGUAGAUUUACUACAGCAGGAACUAUCUGUUGCAGAACAGAAAAAUCAGGUUCUCUCUGAACAGUUGCAGCAGUUAGAAGCUGAGAAAAAUACGUUAAAGACUGUACUGGAAAGAGAGAGGCAGGAAUCCAAGAAUCUUAUUGAAAAAAUGGAGCUGGAAGUGGCAGAAAGAAAACUAUCUUUACACAGUCUAGAAGAAGAAAUGCGUUGCCUUUUGGAGCAGUUAGAACAGGAAGGCCAAAUCCGGGCUGAAUUAGAGUCUCAGUGUAGUGCUCUGAAGCAAAAUCAUAAAAUAGCAGGAGAAGAAAAAGACUCUAAAAUUUUGUGUCUUCAGAAGAGUGAAAAAGAACUACAGUUUGCUUGUGAGGCCUUAAAGGCUCAAAAUGAAAAGCUACUUCAGGAUAUCAAUCAUCAGUCAUUUCAAUCUGCCCAGACUAUUCAACAGCUAGAAGAUGAACUCCAGCAAAAAUCCAAAGAAAUUAACCAAUUUCUGAUUGAACCAGUGUUGCAGAAAUCAGAAAUGGCCUCUCAGACUUCCAGCCCAGAUGAGAAUAGCCAGACUCUCAAGGUAGACUUAGAAGAGAACAUUGCCUCUUUGCAGAAAAGAGUAGCAGAACUAGAAGAGGAAAAAUGUACCUUGCUUCUUGGUACUGUGGAACUGGAGGAGCUGAAAGUUGAGAAUGAAAGACUACACUCUCAGAUUAUUCUUCUAGAGACUCAGCAUGGAUCUGAGAUGACUGGUGGAGAAGAGACAGGACAGAUCAUCAGUGAUGAAAUCACCAAAAGCAGUACCAACAAAUCUUCUGAGGAAAGUAGACAAGAAGACAACUUGGAGAUUAUUGUUUCACAGAAACAUAAGUUGUCAGUUUUAUUGUUGGAAAUGAAAGAAGCCCAAGAGGAAAUUGCAUUCCUUAAAGGGCAACUCCAGAUCACAAAGUCCAAUACCAAUUUGAUUUCAGAAGUAUCUGAACAGGGGGAAACCAAGCAGACAGAAGGUGAAGGAAUGAUUCAUCAAGACACAGGAUCAAGCUAUCCUUUAAUGCAAAGUGAAAAAUGUAGUCCUAUUGUAAUUGAUGUGGAAGGUACAGAAAGUGCUGUGCCUCAGAAUCAGAGCAGCACCUCACUGGAUGUACCUUUAGUUCACAUUGCCAACACUGGAAUGGAAAUGGAGUCAACAAAAAAGACUGUAAAAGACUCUCUUUCUAUAUCUCAAGAUCUUAUUUUGUGUCAGCAAGAUGAAUUGAAAAGAUUAGAAGGACAAGUAUUGGAACUAGAGUCAAGUCUUCAGAAAGCAAAGGAGUCAUAUGAGAAAAGUUUGGAGGAAAAAACUGAGGAAAUCAGUAAGCUAGUCCAGCUAGUAGAGGACUUUAAGAAAAAUGAAGAAAAGAGUAAAAGUACACUUAGUGCUCUGUGUGAUGAGAGAGAUCAACUUUUGAUUCAGGUAAAAGAUCUUUGCAUCAUUACAGAUUUAAAAGCACAAAUAAAGCAACUUGAAGAGAACCUUGCAGAGGCAGAAAAACAAAGAAUAUCUGACUAUGAAAAUAAAACCAGCCGUGAAAGCCUCCUAACUGAACAAAUUCAGAGUCUUAGCACAGAAUCAAAAUCAAAGGAUUUGAAAAUUGAAACUUUGCAGAAGGAAUUAGAUGAAAUGCAUCUCCAGCUUUCUGACCAAAGCACACUAAUCAGAAACCUCAAAAGUGAACUGCAAAAGAAAGAAAGCGAAAUGUUUGAUUUGGAGGAACAUUUAAGGAAUACCUCAAACAAGAUGGAAGAGCUUUCCCAGAUUCUCUCCCAAAAGGAACUUGAAAGAGCAAGAGUAGAUCAACUUUUGUUAGAGAAAACAAGGGUUGUAGAGACCCUUCAACAAGCUAUUGAAGAGAAGGAGCAACAGGUGACUGAGAUCAGUGUACGUAUGUCUGAGAAAAUAGUCCAGCUCAAUGAAGAAAAGUUUUCUCUUGGGGUUGAAGUCAAAACACUCAAAGAAAAGCUUGAUGUACUGUCCAUUCCUAAAGAAGACAAAAAGGAGAAGGAAACAGACGAGAAAGAGGAAGAAUGUUCAGGUGUAAAACAUGAUCAGGAUGGUAAAAUAGUUUCAUCUCCACUAAUAAAGAAUGAAGAACUUCAGAGUGAAUUGAAUCUUUUGAAGAAAGAAAAUGACCAAGUGAAGAGAAAACUGCAGGCUGCUCUUAUUAACCGGAAGGAACUAAUGAAGAAAGUCACUCAGCUAGAGAAAGAUUUGGCACAGGUGAAAAAUGAGUCUAAGGAAGAGACCCUAUUCUGUGAGGGAGAUGGGGUGGCAGCAACUCAGCAAGGUAAAGAUGGUAAAGCAAAGCCAGAAGAAUCUGUUAUUCCAGAAAGUAGGGAAACUGAAAUAGCUUUAAAUCAGAAGAUAUCCGAGAAGGAACUAGAACUACAAAAUUUAAAAAGAGAUUUUGAAGAAAAGGUGGCAGCUGAAAAACAGCUACAGGAACUGAUCAAUGAGAUGAAACAGAACUUGCAAGAUAAGAUAAAUCUCAUAGAUUUGCUUAAAGCUGAAAUAACUGAAAACCAGAGAGUCAUCCAAAACUUAACCACUUGUAACAAGGAGGCUGGAGAUGGAGAUUCAGCAACAUCUAUAAAAGAGACACUAAUUAGUACAGCUGGAACAGAAAGUGGAGAACACUGGAAACUAGAUUUAGAAGACAGAAUUUUGAAUCUUGAGCAAGAAAAGGAACAACUCCAAAAGAAAUUACAAGAAGUGCUAGCUUCCCGCAAGGUGACUUUAAAAAAAGCACAGGAGAAAGACAGACACCACAGGGAACAGCUAAAACAACAGAAAGAUGAUUAUAAUCUCUUACAGGAACGUUUUGAUGAACAGAGCAAAGAAAAUGAGAGCAUACGAGACCAGCUACGUGAACUCGAAAUACGAGUAAGAGAGUCUACAGACACUGUCUUAGCUGUGAAUAGUAACACACAGGAAUUAGAUACACCUCAGAAUUUGAUUGAACCUAUAUCCAAAACCAAAGAAGAGUGGCCCUCACAAAUGACUUUGGAAUGUAAAAAUGACCUACAGAAAGAAGAUAAUUCAGUAGAAUUGCUUAAAACUCAACUGAAAGAGCUACAGAUUCAGAAAGAAGAGCUGGAAUUCAGAGUGAGUUCUACCAUAAAUGACCUUUCUCAAAAAUCAGAAGAAUCAGUUGUAUUACAAGAACAGAUAAAAAAGCUGCUUUUAGAGGCAGAAGGUCUUAAAAUAGCCACUCAUGAAGCUGAAACUGAGGUAAUCAAUCUGAAACUAGAAUUGGAAAGUAGUCAAAUGGAAAUCACAAGAUUAGAACAUUUCAGGGAAUUACAGCCUGAACUAGAUGAAUUGAAAAGUCUCAUGAACCAAAAAAAUGAAGAAGUUGAUGUUCUUCAUGUGCAAGUUAGAGAAAAAGAUGAUAUCCUUGUUAAAGUACAGACAGAGAUUGUAGAGCAAGAGGACUUGAUUAAGGCUUUGCAUGUGCAGUUGGAAAUGCAAGCCAAAGAGCAUGAAGAAAAAAUUAAACAGUUGCAGAUGGAGCUUUCUGAAAUUCAACGAAAACCAGAGGAGGUGGAAGAAGAAGCUAAAUCUAAGCAGCAAAUUCAGAGAAAACUCCAAGCUGCACUUAUUUCCAGAAAAGAGACCUUGAAAGAAAGUAAAUGUCUUAAAGAAGAGUUGUCCUUAGCCAAAAAUAAUAUUGAAACUCUCACAAAAACUCUGGCAGAUGCAGAGAGCCAAGUUUCUGCUCACUGUAAAGAAAAGGAUGUAUUAUUAGACAAAUUGACUGUUCUUCAGGAAGAGAAAGAGAGACUUAUUGCAGAAGUGGACAAAUCUUUAUUAGAAAGUCAAAAUCUCAGUAGUUCUUGUGAAAGUUUGAAGCUAGCUUUAGAAGGUCUUACUGAAGAUAAGGAGAAACUAAUGAAGGAAAUUGAAUCUUUGAAAUGUACCCAGAUUGCUGAAAACACUGAGUGGCAGGAAAAGCACAAAGAACUGCAAAAAGAGUAUGAAAUUCUUCUUCAGUCUUAUGAGAAUGUCAGUAAUGAGGCAGGACGUAUUCAACAUGUUGUAGAAACUGUAAGACAAGAGAAACAAGAACUGUAUGGUAAAUUAAAAAACACAGAAGCAAAGAAGAAAGACAUAGAAAAGCAACUUCAGGAAGCAGAGCAGGAAAUGGAAGAAAUGAAAGAGAAGAUGAGGAAAUUUGCAAAAUCCAAACAGCAGAAAAUUCUUGAGCUAGAAGAGGAGAAUGACCGUCUUAGAGCAGAAAUCCACUUGGUAGGCAGUGAAUCCAAAGAACCUGUAGAAGUGCUUCAUUCCAGCCCUAGUAUGAAGGAGGAACUAGAGGAUACUAAGUUAAAGUAUGAAUCUCUUUCUAAGGAGUUUGAAACAUUAAUGGCGGAGAAGAACUCUUUAAGUGAAGAGAUUCAGAAUUUAAAGCAGCAGUUGAAAGAAACAGAAUCCAAAUUGGGCAAGAGUAUAGAAAAUCUUAAGAAGCAUGAGAUCCAAAUGGAUAAUAUAGAAGUGACACAGCAAGCUGUGUCUGUGUCUGUACCUGUACCAGAUGAGAUUGAAAAACAAGUCUCUCUGAGGACAAAUGCAAGUUCAAACUAUUCAGCACCCAUCCCAGUGGAGAGCAGUGCCAUGACAGAUACCAGUGCAAAUGAAGGGAUAAGUUCACAUGAUGAAAUUAAUACAUACAUACAGCAAAUUGAUCAGCUCACAGAAAGAAUUAAAGAAUUAGAGGAGGAGAAGAUCAGGGAAGAAAAAGAUUGUUCUUUAGACGACAAUAAAGAUGUCUUACUGAACCAAUUAGAAGCAAAGGAUGAUGAACUGAAAACUCUUCAUGAAGAAGUUACCAAAAUAAACCUGUUAAAUGAGAAAAUUCAAGAGGAUCUUGCUAAAGUCACCAAGUUGAAGGAAAUAGUGGAAGUAGAGAAGGAUGAUCUGGAAGAGAGACUUAUGAAUCAGUUAGCUGAACUUAAUGGAAGCAUUGGAAAUUAUCAGCAAGAUGUCACAGAUGCCCAAAUGAAAAAUGAAUUAUUGGAAUCUGAGAUUCAGAAUCUUCAGAAAUGUGUGAGUGAACUGGAAGAGGAAAAGCGGCAGGCAGUUAAAGAAAAAAACAUAAUUGAAUCAGAAAUCCGAAAGGAAUACUUGGAGAAACUACAGAGUGCUCAAAAAGGAGGACAUGGCAAUAAAACUCAUACAAAAGAGCUUCAGGAAUUAUUGAAAGAGAAGCAACAAGAGGUAAAGCAGUUGCAGAAAGAUUGCAUCAGGUAUCAAGAGAAGAUAAGUGGUCUAGAGAGAACUGUAAAAGCUCUGGAAUUUGUACAAAAUGAAUCACAGAAAGAAUUGGAGAUGGUCAAAGAAAAUUUAGCCCAAGUUGAAGAAGAUCGUAAGAAAGUCCAGGCAGAGCUAGACUAUUGCAAAGUAUUAUUGGAUGACACUCAGAGUGAAGCAGCAAGGGUCCUAGCAGACAGUCUCAAGGUGAAAAAGGAGCUUCAAUCAAAUAAAGAGCUUGUUAAAAGCCAGAUGAAACAAAAGGAUGAAGAUCUUGAAAGAAAACUGGAACAAGUAGAAGAUAAGCAUAUGAAGGAGGUCAAGAAUAUGCAAGAAAAGCUGGAUGCUUUACAUAGAGAAAAGGUCCAUUUGGAAGAGACUUUUGGAGAAGUUCAGGUCACCUUGAACAAAAAAGACCAAGAAGUCAAGCAACUUCAGGAAAACCUCAACAGCACUUUGGCCCAGCUUGCGGCCUUCACCAAAAGCAUGUCUUCUCUCCAGGAUGACCGGGAUCGAGUGAUAGAUGAGGCUAAAAAAUGGGAAAAAAAAUUCAGUGAUGCUAUUCAAACAAAGGAAGAAGAAAUCCGGGCUAAGGAAGAGAAUUGUAGCAUUUUAAAAGACCAUCUAAGACAAAUGUCUAUCCACAUGGAGGAAUUGCAAAUUAAUAUAUCCAGACUUGAGCAUGACAGACAGACCUGGGAGUCCAAAGCCCAAACAGAGGUCCAGUUUCAACAGAAGGUCUCUGAAAACCUUCAGGGAGAAAAUAAAGGACUCAUGUCUCAGUUGGAAGAAUCUAAACAGAUGUAUUCUAAUUCUCAGAAUGAAUUAGCUAAAUUGGAUGCAGAAGUUAAGUCUCUGAGAGACCAGUUGACUGAAGCAAAUAGUUCUUUAGCAAAGUGUAAAGAAGCCAAGGAAAAAUUAGAGGGAAUUGCAAAGCAACAGGAGACUGACUUUCAGAAUUGCAAGUUCAACUGUGAGCAGUUAGAGGCUGAUCUGCAAGCCUCUAGAGAUCUGACUGGCAAACUGCAUGAAGAAAUUAACACUAAAGAUCAAAAAAUUAUCACUCUCCUUUCUGCUAAAGAGGAGGCAGUCUUGUUAGCUAUAUCUGAAUUGCAACAACAACAUAACAAAGAAAUUAAAGAUUUGGAAAGUCACCUGACCCAAAAAGAAGAGGAGAAAGCUGCCUUAGAAGAUGAGAAAAAAAAAGCUGUAGACAAAACCAAUCAGCUUAUGGAAACAAUGAAAACUAUCAAAAAAGACAGCAAACAGCAGAAGGCUCAGUUGGAUUCUUUUACUAAAUCCAUGUCUUCUCUCCAGGAUGACCGAGAUCGAAUUCUAGGAGACUACCGACAGCUUGAAGAGCGGCAUCUCUCAGUGAUCUUGGAGAAAGACCAGCUCAUCCAAGAGGCUGCUGCUGAGAACAAUAAGCUAAAGGAAGAGAUUCGAUGCCUUCGGGGCCAGAUGGAUGAUCUCAAUUCUGAAAAUGCCAAGUUAACUGCAGAACAGUACCAGAGGAUAACAAAGGACUAUCAACAAAGACAGCUCCUUGAAAUUAGGCUUCAGCGGAGUCAGGAACUAGAAAAUGAAAAGAUCAAGUUAGAAAGAAAGCUAAAAGAGUCUGAAGGAUUACGGGAAGAGCUAAGAAAAUCUUCUGAUGCCCUCGAGGAGGAAAAGCAAACCUUGACUAAGGAAAUUGAGAGCUUGAGAACUUCUGUUUCACAGCUGAAGUGCCAAAUGACAGCUUUGCAAGAAGGAGGGUCUUUAGGAGAGUUUCAGGCACAGUUGAAAGGUGGGGAAGAAGAGGUGCACAGAUUAGGUAUUACCCUUUCUCUCUCUCAGAAGAAAGUCACAGAGCUAGAGGAAGAAUUAGCACGUGUACAAAAGGAGGCUGCUAAGCAGGUGGGAGAAAUUGAAGAAAAGCUUAAAAAGGAAUUGAAGCAUCUUCGUCAUGAUGCAGGGAUAAUGCGCAAUGAAACUGAAACAGCCGAAGAGAGGGUAGCCGAGCUGGCAAGAGAUUUGGUGGAGAUGGAACAAAGGCUACUCAAGGUUACUGAAGAAAAUAAAGACCUUAAAGCUCAAAUUCAGGCUUUUGGAAAGUCUAUGGGUUCUUUGCAAGAUAGUCGAGACCAUGCUAAUGAAGAGUUACAGGAACUAAAAAAGAUGCACACUGCCAGCCUUGAGGAGCAACAGCGUCUUACAGAUACUUUGCAGGAAGAGCUGACUAAACUGAGAGAAGAUCAGAUUCUGUUGAGUAGAGAGAGAGAUGAACUUGUUUCUAAAGUGGCUUCUCUGGAGAGCUGUGUUGAAGAUGAUAACUCGCUAUCUCAACUUGAGAAGCUUAACCAACAGCUCAGAUCUAAGGAUGAUGAAUUAUUUCACUUGUCCUCACAGUUGGAGAGUUCCUCUAAUCAAAUACAGUCCUUUUCCAAGGCCAUGGCCAGUUUACAGGCUGAAAGAGAUCAUCUCUUAAGUGAAUUAGACAAAAUGAGAAAAUCAGAAGAAGGGAAACAGUGUUCAUCACCCCAACACUUUACCAGUCCAUCUGAAAUGUCCUUAAAGAAAGCAAUGAAUUCACUACAAAAUGACAGAGAUAGAUUGCUGAAAGAGUUAAAGAAUCUACAACAGCAGUACCUUCAGAUUAACCAAGAAAACACUGAACUCCGUCCACUGAAGGUUCAACUUCAGGAGUAUCAGGAACAGACAAACAAGUAUCUGUCUGUCCAGGAACAACUAAAACAGGAAAACCUCUCUUGUCAACAGGAGCUACAACACCUCAGAAAGGAGAAGAAUACUUGGGAAGUCCAAGAAAAGCAGGUUAGAGAGCAGUAUCUGAUGGCCCUCUCUGACAAGGAGCAGCAACUGAACCAUCUGCAGAAUCUGGUGCAAGAGCUGAGGUCUGCAUCUAGCCAGCCUUCUGUUCUCUCAGAGCAGUACCAAAAACAGGCAUCCCCAAAAGCAGCAAUUUCCCCAGAGUCAACCCGGGCCCUGGAUUCUGAGAUUGGGCUUCUCAAAGCCCAGCUUAACGACAGCUUGAAAGAAGUUCAUCAGAAGGAGUUGAGAAUCCAACAACUGAACAGCAAGCUCUCUCAAAUCUUUGAAGAGAAAAGUUCCCUUUCCAUUCAGCUGCGUGGUAGCAGUCAGAGUCUUCGUGAAAGCCAUCAGCGCUAUAAUGACCUUCUGAAUCAUUGCACAGGCUUAAAGAGACAGAUUCAAGAGAUGCAGCCCCUAAGCAAAGAAACGGGGACACUUACAACAGAUGCUGCUCCUGGAGCCCCUCAGGAAAAGAAUGAACCCCAUAGAGAGAGUGACCCUAUGGAGCUAAGAGAACUGCAACUCAGGUUUUCUGAGGCCCAGCAAGAGCAAUGUAACACUAGACAAGAAGUGAGCCACUUAAAGAAAUUGCUGGAAGAGGAACGGGAUCACCGGUUGGCUGCUGAGGAAGCACUCUCUGCGGCUCAGGAGGAGAUUAGAAGGCUGGAGCUGAAUGAAUGGACCCCUGCCCAGAAUUCUAGCAUCAGUGACUGUGGCAUCCAUGAACAGGCAAUAUUAAUAGAGCCCGUGAACAGUUCCUUCCGAAGGACCAGGAGCAAUGUUGGAUGGAGGCGAAUCCUGCGUUCACUCUGCUAUUCCCGGACUCGGGUACCCCUGCUGGCUGCUGUCUAUAUUCUCAUGCUUCAUGUCCUGGUUCUUCUCUGUUUCACUGGACACCUGUGAACUUAGCUCCCACCUAUCAGAUUUCUCUCAUUAGAGUCACAGUCUUGGAUUCUCCAAGCCCUGGUCUCAGGACCAAAUGCCCAUGUGGGCAGCCCUAAUUAUCUAGGCUCAUUCCUUAAUGUCUACGUUAAGGGAUAAUUCCUGCAAAAUUCAGACACAUCUGAGCUCUUUAUCAUAAAAAAGGAGCUGCUUUUUUUCCACUGCCCUCUAUUCUAUGUUUAGGCACAUUAUCAUCAUGUGUAAACACAAAUAUUUUCUAAGUAUAGUGCCUAUUCACCUGUACAGAGGAAUUCUCUGGGAAGUGACCCUUUAGUUUCAUUGCUGAUUCCAGUAAGCCCAAGGUUGUUCCUUGGAUAUUUGGAAUUAUGACUUUGGUUCAUUUGCUUCAAUGUUAACCUCCUGCAUUAUAGGGGUGAGAACUACUAUAAUAAGGUACAUAGCCUCCUGAAGCAUGGGUCUGGAGAAUGUGGAAAAUGAGGAACCCCUUCCCUUUUGCCAGGCUUCUGGUCACUAAUAGCAUCCUGAGGCAGAAAGUGGCCUCUCUUCCAAUCACCUUUCCUUGAUCUUGAGAUAGCCACUGGGAUGAAAACCUAUGCCCUUGGCUGAGGUCUGUAAUAUGUUUCCCUGUAUGAGUGUGGUGUAGGAAAAGCUUUUAAUAUGGUUAUUUUAAUUAAAUGGUUAGCCCUAGCAUUUCCUCCCCACUUCCACCCCAGAUUCUAAAUGAAGUUGUCUGUCUGAACUAGUUGUUUCCUGUCACACUUAUUUUACCAUCUGAGACUCAAAGACAAUGAGUUAGUAUCAGCUUAAUUUAAGUUUCUUGAGACAGAGAAUGACAUCUCUCAAUUUGUCUUCAUUAGUGUUCAUAUUCAUUCUCUUUUCCUCUACUUUAUCCUUAAUAAAUAACCAAAAAACCCCCAAAAUCAAACUCAGCUAUUGAUCUCAGGGAUGCCAGUUUUUCAGCCUCCUAGUCACCUUUCUGCUCUAAGAAAGAGACUAGGACAAGUAGAGAAAGCUGUAGGGAAGGGAUGAUGGGAUCAAGCCUUGAGGACUAAUGCCUAAAGUGAAAUUCAUUUGCCACCCCCUCUGCCAAACUGAGAUGGUUUUAACCAUUUCCUCCUUCACUACCACCAUCUAUCUAUUGUGAACUCUGCUCAUCAUCGCUGCUCCAGAGAAAUGAGGGGAGGGUCAGCCAACUGCUGUGCUCUGAAUCCUUUACCCUAUGGUGACCACAUUCUUAGUCAUAACUCCCUCCCCGCCUGAAACUUCCUGAACACUUGUAAAAAAUAAAAUUAUUUUCAGAUUUGAA